AUAUUCAAUGGGUAGACAGCUCUUGAAAAGCCGUUUGUGCUUCCUCACGUAUUUGCGCGGUAUAAUAUACAAUUAUUGUCCAUAAAUCAUUUUGAACACAUCAAACGUAAUUUAAUUUUGUAUCUGAACAAUACUCAGUCAAGCGGAUAUAAAAGAUUUUAAUAGCUCCGGGAAUGACUUGUUGUUUAAAAAUUAUGUCGUUAACGAAGGUUGUGUUUUGAGAAAGAAUUAAUAUAUGGCAGUUAAAGAUUUUGCAAGCUGUUUCAAAAGUGGUUUAUUUUCAAAAUGUACAAAUAUUUCCCGCUACUUUUUUAUGUAACCACUGUGCUAUGUUUGAAACGCUGUCAAGAACAAAGUCGACUUUAUUUUCUGAUCGAUUCAACUAACACCACAACCUCCCGCGACUUUGGUGUUCAAAUUGAUAUUGUACGUUACAUUUUAAACGAAUACAAGUCGUUCAAGUUAACAUUAAGUGUACAGGUAUAUCAUAAUGACCAGUGUUUAAAUAAUACGGACUUUCCUUCCUUGGGCUUUCAUGAUUUGUCUGACCCUAAAGUGAUUAAGAGGAGGUUGAAUUCAUUACAACAUGUUAGCACUAACUACACGUUCGAUAAACAAUGUGCUUUACAAAUGCUCCCGAACAGUCUAAUCUUUGAUUCAAAUGAAAACAGGUACAGUAUUAUAUUAGCGAAAUAUGAAUCAUUAAAAAAUAUAAUUGAUCAGAAAGAACACGUUAAAUUCAGACAAGGUGGGAGUUAUAUUCUAGCGCUUAUGUAUAAUUCUACUAAAAACGAGAAAGGUGUAUUUGCACGGAGAGUACCCAACAUUGCAGAUAUGAUACCAGCCAUAAUGAAAUAUGCUUGUCCUUCCUACGCCCCAGCCUCCACAAGUUACGAAAAAAUCGCACCGACGUCAACGAGGUAUGAAAAAAUUGUAUCACGGUCGACGGCCUCUGGUAAAAUCGCACCGACGUCGGCGACGUAUAAAAAAAUUAUAUCACGGUCGACGGCGUAUAAAAAAACUGCAUCAGCGUCCACCAUGUUUAGGAAAGUCGCACUAUUGUCGACGACGUUGGAAAAAAUUGCACCGACAUCUACGUCGCUUGAAAACUUUGCACCGACAUUGACGACGCAUAAAAAGAUUAUUGUAAGUGGUCCUUCGUCUAAAAAUCAAAUAUCAACUACUUCGAUACUACGCUCUGUCCUACUGCACGGAACUGUAUCAAGAAAAGUUAAAUCAGAUUUUACGGAAGUAUGUUCGACACCGUCUCUUUCUCAUUUACCUUCCAACGUAGACGUAAAAUCCAGUGUGCCGUUAGAAAGUAUAGUUUACAAGAGCGACGUAGUAACGAAGUCUCGUAAUAAAGAAACGUUUUCUACUACCACGCCUAUAGAAUUACAAUCGCAAAAAUACAACACAUUGUUUUCGUCAGGAGUCAGUAGCUUUUCAGCAUCCAGGUAUGUCGCAACAUCAAAAGUAUACUCUGAACGCUCCCUCUCCUCCCUCUUAACAUCUGUGGAAUAUACGUCUUCAACUAUAAAGGUUAUUCCGACAAAAUCGUCAUAUAUGCUGCAAGCACCUUCAACAUCGAUCAAACAUAAGUCCAACUACGCUAAAGUUGACUGUGAGUCGUCCAAGAUAUCGCCAACAAUGUCAACGUUAAAACAAUAUUUUGACUCAUCUUCCUAUAGAACGUCACUUUCAACGCCUUUUUUCUUGCCGUCGUCGUAUAUCAAGACGUCACUUCCUGCGACUUCGAACAAACAUUCUGUUAGUUCUGAUAAAAAGACUCUAAUAAUGACCCAAUCCACAACGUUAAUUUCGCCAUCGCUGGUGCAAUAUAAUACCACCAUUAGAGAGAUACAAAGCACUUUAGGUUCAUCCUUUAUGUCGUCAUCAAACGUUGUCUUUAAAACCGUUUUCCGCCAAUGUACAACUGUAAACAAAGCAGAAAAAUCGUCAAUCAUUACUUUACCGUCUAUAACUGGUACUUUACCAGUUUAUUUCAGCACCCUGUCACGAGUUAGCCCGUCUGUUUUAUAUCCAACUGAUGUCAUAUCUUUCACGAAUAAAGCAGGGGCCAGUGCAAUGAGGCGAAGCAACAACAGAGUCGAAACAACAAUGCUAAAAGAAACUGUAUCCAGAUUACUGACAAGAUCAAGUAUGUUUCCGACACAACAAGUCGUCCCCUCUUCAUCAAACAAACUAGCCUACUCAUCAAAAGCUGUCGUUUUACCCGCGUGGAAGAGAUUAUCAAAGGAAAUCGAUGACUUUAUUCAACAGAAUCUUACAGAUAGUCAGUUGAAGAGCGAAGAAUGGACAAAGGAAUUUAUUAAUCAAUCUUCAAAGUUUUUCGACAACAUUAGUUUUAUAAAAGAGUAUAGAACUAUCAAACAAAUAUCAGUGAAUUUGGUUGAAUACAUCGAAGAAGUGUUCUUAAAAGUUGGAAAGCAUCUUCCUUCUGGUGGAAUUAUAAAACGCACGGAGGAGAAUCUAGAUGUCGAAAUCAGUGCAAUUGAUACGAAACGAUUUAAUGGCUACAGUUUUGAAAAUGGGCAAGGAAAGAAUGAAAUAGUCUUACCAAAAACCAUAUUUCAAAAUUUUUCUUCAGACAAAGCUGUUAUAGUAGGGAUGAUAUUUCGAACGCCAAGAUCUUUCGAAUCAUUCGAUGAUCACUUCGAGCCAGCUGAAGAUAUAAUAUCAUUGUCAGUGGAACCUUCUGUUGAAUAUAAUUUGGUUGAAAACCCCCUCUCCUAUCAGCUACAGGUUAAAGAGAACAACUUUUCUGGGUAUAAAUGCGUGUUUUGGAAUAACAGCGAUUGGGAUGAGUACGGUUGCAGAGUUUCUCAUGUCAAUGGAACAUCAGUCACGUGCAAUUGCAAUCCAUGACUUCAUUUUCUGUCUUAAUGCAAGUGAAAGGAUUUGAGAUUCCUUCUAAACAUCAGUUCAUUCUCAGCCUUAUCACUUAUAUUGGUUGUGGAGCAUCAAUCACAGCUUGUAUGGCUUUGAUACUUUCGUACAUGAUGUGCGG